AGGAAUGUCACUACAGACAGCUUUUUCACAUCGCUCUCACUGGCGCACCGACUGCUUCAGCGCAACACCACCCUUCUCGGAACAAUGACUAAAGGUCGACGCGAGCUUCCACCUCCAGCAAGGGACGCCGCGGCGCGAGAACAAUUCUCCACGUCUGUGUUUAAAAGCGGCAGUGUCUCACUGACGGUCUACGCUCCAACAAAAAAGAAAACGGUGUUUGUUCUGAGCUCCAUGCACCAACACGUGGUGACCGGGGAUGACGGGAAGAACAAACCAAACACAAUAACAGACUACAACUAUAUGAAGUCUGGUGGCGAUGAUGCGGAACAAGUGGCUCGUAAAUACUCCGUACGCACAGCAACACGCAGGUGGCCAGUAGCGGUAUUUUAUAACAUGCUGGACCUGGCGGCAGCAAAUGCCUAUGUGCUCUACAAGGCAUGCACAGGGUCCACAGACACAAGGAGACUCUUUCUGCACCAUCUAGCCAUGGAACUCCGAAGUGGAUUCAUGCGGGAAAAGGCUUCUGCUGCCGCCGCUGACACUACUGCCGCCACUGCUGCCGCUGCUGCGCUGCACAAUCUACCCAACUGGACAACGCAGUGUCAGGUCCGGAAGAACUGCAACAGAAAUCGCAGCAGGUUUUGCUGUGUGAAGUGUCACAGGUACACCUGUGCCAAGUGUAGGGAGCAUGAGAACUGGGUCUGUGAAGAAUGCAAAUGAACCUGUUUGUAAAAGGCAGAAAGAAGAAGCAAGUGGACUGAAGCCGUGAAGACAUUAUUCCAGAGGAAAAUGGUUGAUUAGAUGAACAUGCUGGAGAGAUGAUCCGUAUGUGUACAAGCAUGUGCAUACUCAUUCUGUGCCACCAUGAGCCAUGACUCACCUUUUGUAGAACAUAUACCUGGACAUUACAGACGAAGUCUUUUUGGUUGGUUUUUCUUUAUUAUUUAUCAAUAAAACACACUUUUGUUCA